GGAGCAGCAGGGCAGCUUCGGCCGCGCCGGCCCCCUCUCUCCCGGCGGCGAAAUGUCUCACGGGGUGCGGGUGAUCCGCACCGACGUCAGCAGCGCGGGCGCCUCGACCUCUUCCUCCCCUCCGGACUCCGGCCGGCUGGACCGAGCCUACGCGAGCUCCUGCCCGGCCAUGCUGAAGGUGGUCCAGAUGUUGUUGCUGCUGAUAGCAUUCAUCUGUAUAAGGAACUCAGUAUGGACGGAUUACAGUGCAUACAGUUACUUCGAAAUUGUCACCAUGGGUGACUUCGUUAUGAUUCUUGUCUUCUACAUCGUUUACCUUUUCCGAGUUUACCGAUUGCUGACUUGCAUCAGCUGGCCACUUGCGGAGUUUCUCCAUUACCUAAUAGGGACCAUCCUGCUUCUCAUUGCAUCUUUUGUGGCAGCAGCAAAAAGCUACAACUCAGGAGGACUUGUAGCUGGAGCGACAUUUGGCUUUUUAGCUACAUUCCUGUGCAUCUUAAGUAUAUGGCUAUCAUACAAAGUUUCAUGUGUGACUCAGUCAACAGAUGCUGCUGUGUGAGUCUUCUGUCCCUGCUAGACCAAAGAGGGGAGUUUACAUUAAGCCCAGAUAAGAGACGGCUAAUGUGUGCAAGAUGGGACAGUGCAAUGGUGGUCUUUGAGGAUUCGGCUCCCAAGCAUCAAGGGGACGGCCAGCAGAAUUCUGCCUUCUGAAACUCUGCUCAGGUUCUCAACCUACAAGUGGGUCCAGCAGUCCAUAUGCUGCCUUUUCCUAACAGCUGUUGCACAGUUUGUUGAUCAUCUGCUGAGGAUCUUGAAUCCCACAAGUAUGGAGUUGCUGUAUUUCUGCACCCUGAUACACACAUACUCACUCACUCACACUUUGAUUCCAAAGUGCCAAUGUGAAAGGUUGCAUUGCCUAGAUAGUAUGGCACUGCCAUUGCUAGGAGCAUACUCCUGUCGUCUUUUGCAUCAACAGUAUUCAAACCACCUGGGAAGCUCGGUUGAAUGAGGACCUGCAUAAACUAUCAGGAUGGAAAAUGUAUUCUGCUUCUUUGAUUCUCCAGUUAUGGCUGGCAAAUGCUAUAGAUCUACUAUGAAUCAGCAACUGUAAACUUAUCAGUGGCUGUCUAAUGAGCGUAUCUGUUGCCUUGGCCUCUUUCCUGGCUUUUGGUGCUUAUUGCUAGAAGAGGUAUUUUGUAAAAUGCAGCUUGAGUGUCUUACUGUGAAUGAACCAGAGUUUGUUUUGUAGUCCUGUCUAAUUUAAGUAUUUUACUGAUGACCAAAUUAUUUUAAAACCUGUAAUUUUAGCUCAAAACCCACUUGUUUUAUUUCCUGAUACACUAGCCUCAUUGCAUGUAUACCCCUUCUUUGCCAAGAUCUUGUCUAUAACAUCCUAUGGUGAUCUUGCCUUCUUCCCUCCGUCACGUGCAGGAAUUUCCCUUCUGCCUUCUUUUUUUGCUGAGUAGCCCCUUUAUCUGUUUUCUUCUUAAGUGUUUGUCUGUGGAUGUCCCACCUAGUCGCUAUAUGUAAGUAUGUAUAUAUGAUGCUGGCCCAGCUCAGGGACAAAAUCACCUUCUUAUAUUCUGCUUUUG